AUGCGUUCCAGUACUACUGCAGGCCUCACGCCGCAGCAGUUGCUUGACCGUCGUCGUGCGCAGAACAAGCUAGCGCAACGACGCUUCCGAGAGAAAGCUCGGCUGGCAAGAUCCGGCGGCUUAUCCUCAUCGACAUAUUAUCUAGACGAACGAUCUUCGGGCCGGCCUACCAUCCCAUCCCGCCCAGAUUCGACUGCCGACACGUCGCUUUCUCCCGUUUCAGCUAACCCUAGAGUGCGUUCGGCCUCUACCGACUCUUCAUUGACGUCGUCUACCGUUUCACUCUCUUCUCAAGUUUCGAGUCCCACCUCGACGUGCACGGAAAUCAAUACGCCGACUGUGUUAAAUCUCAGUAGCAAGGGGAUGCGACCGACUGAAGCGAUAAUCGUCAGCAACAUAUCGACUCCACCUCUUUUUGGGAUGGACGAGAUCAAACCCACAUCUUUCAUGGCGGAUGCAGCGUUGCGUAUGCCACCACCACAACCAUCAGCAUCACUGCCGCCGGUGGUGUCCACUUACAUACCACUCAGCUACGCGCCUCUCGAAUCCGACUUGCUUCAGACUACUUCUCUCGCCCCGCCGUCGCAGUCGCUCACUUAUGAUGACAUCGUUGGUUCCUCCAGCUCUCAGCGUAACAUUGGCCUCAAGAUUGUUGGGAUGCACACUGAUCCAUUCCUCAUGAGCCAUCCUCUUCCCAGUCCAUCCCUUGUACCUGGGCCUGCUGCCAGAUCCUCAAUCCCUCCCGACACUAUGUUCUUGGCGCCCCCCUUUUCCUGUCGGACUGUACAAGAAGAAACCCGGCCGCAACCCUCGACGUCAUUCGAGCAUCUGCUUCGUGUCACUUCGCAGUCUUCGAGCUGUUCGAGUGCGAGUGAGAAAAGCAGCAAAAACAGCUCCUACACUACUCCUUCCUCGACUUGUUCGAUGCCAUCCAAGUCCAAGGUCGAGUCCGACGCUGCACCCUUGGCUCCGCUCUCGCAGAGACUUUUCUUGCCCAACAACACCGUGGCAAGCCAAUGUGUGAAUUCUCGUGUGGGAAAAGCCAUCUCGCAAUAUGUACGAAUCGUUGAUGCAGGUGGAUGCAAGCAUGCCUCGCAGCCUAUCGCCAUUGUCUCGCAGCCAUUUGCACGCGCCAUCGAGCUUAUUGGACACCGGUUUGGUCUGACUCGCAAUGGAGAGGGCGUAGCCCAGCUUCUGUCUCGCCUCGAGCUCGACGGAAGGCCGUGCUCACACGAGACAAGCAAGGGUCUGGUCUUUGAUUCGACGAUACCAUGGAACACGAUGCCACCCAACAUGCUGCCAACUACUGAACAACUUCUCUAUCCACAUUGCGCCUUUGUGGAUGCCUGCCUACCGUGGCCUGUGGUCCGUUCACGGCUACUCAAGCAUGCCCUUACCAACCCGCUUUGUGAAGAAGAGUUUGCGCUGGAUCUGCUGCUUUCGAUCCUGUCUCCCGACGAAGCUCUGGCCUCGGUGCGCGUCCAUGGCGACGACGUCCUGGACCCAGAGGCGUGGGAGCUGAGCGAAAGGUUGUGGACAAAGUGGUCCGGUCUCUUUGACGAAUCGAUCGUUCGCAGGACCAACUGGUGGCGUAGACAGCGAGGCCUGGGCAACCUUUGCAUUCUGAAGUCUAACGAGUCCGCCAGCGGAUCCGUGCAUCCAGUUCUCGGUACAGGCUCCUUGGAUCAAAAUUACCAUCUCAUCACUACGCUCCUCUAA